UUUUAAUGUAACAGGUGGUAUUGUUUGUAAUAUGAAUUUAACCUAAAAUUAUAUAUUAUUUUAAUUUUAAGUGAUUAGUGUAAAAACUUAAAAUAUUUUAAACUCAACAUUAUUGCAGAUGGUUGAAGAUUUAGUAAAAGACAUAAAAAAAAUAUUCAAACAAGAGAGGAAAGAUGAUGAAGGUGACAAAUACUUGUUCUUUUCUCCUAAGUACAGCCCAAUUGUUAAAAUAGAUAAUUGGUUUUUACCUCUGGAAGCAGAACCAAAGGACAAUGAUCCCUAUCAUCCGCCGGGAGGUAAUUACUUCCUAUCCUCUUACAAGCGCUACGGCACUCAAGAUGUCCCAAUGGAGUCCACAACACAAGCCAUGCUGCGUCAGAUCUGCUCUGCACGUCUGGACUUGUCUGUGCACAAGCCCCUGGUUACCAUGGCAACUGAUCGCUUAUUGUCAAAAACGGAUGUAAUACGUAGAGAGCCGCAUUUCCAGGAAGAAGAGUUCACGACAACUUACAAUUAUGACUACCGGAAUCCUCUCCCUCACAGACGACAAUAUGGUUUGAAACAUGAGGAAAAAACAAGAAAAUUUGGACUGAAAUCACUUUUUUUACCAUCGAAAAUCUGCAACACAAAGUUUUUGGAUGAUGAAGAAUACAGCUCAAAACCGGCUCCAGCUCCUGCUCUGAUACCGCCCUAUGAAAAUCAUAAUUCUAUGGUUUGUUAGUAAAAAUUAUUUAAAGUUUAAUAAAAUUAUGAUUUUAUUUUCAAAACAAUGAAUAAAUACUUGGAUUAUCCAAUGGA